AGCCUUGAUCCGUCAGAAGAUGACGAGGAAACCGACGCGGUUGUGGAUGGAUGGGGAAAGCUGCGAGGAUCAACCUUCGUCAUCCUCCAGUAUGGGCCUCGUCAUGGAGCCAGAUACAAAUUCAAAUACAGAAAUGGAUAUACCAAUGACAAAAUGAACGACAUUUCUGAACGAGAGUUGCGGAUUUCCCAGAUCAAAGCUAGUCCACGGAGCAAAGUCUGGCGGUAUACCAAACACAAUGUUGUCGGGAUCUACGGGAUUGCCUCCGAAGAAAGAAAGUAUCCGGAUAAACAAUACAAGUCUGAUCCAUGUUCUUGGCUGAAGAUUAAAUGGAAGGACCUGCAGUCAGAGGAUACCCACAACAUGCAAAACUCUUGUUCUUGGAUUCCGAGAUCCGAUUUCACUCGCUUCUGCAAUGGCAAACGCGCAGCGGACGCAAAAAUCAAAGAGGUCUGGGAGAAACAAGAAGAACGCUAUCUGCGGGUGCUCCAGAGCGAUGCUGGAAGAAGCAAUGAGGAUCGGUCUCCCACUCCUUGCCCAUUGGGCUCAGCAGCGAGGCAAUCACCAGAGCGACAGCCUGGACGACGUCUCAAUUCACCUGCAAUCCAGCACUCAUCUGCAGGCCAACAUGAAAUGCCCCCUUCCUCCACUGCGAAUUUGCAUCCGGGACCUGGGUCACCAGCCAACCCAAUCAACCUUGACGGAGAUGAGGCACCUCACAAUCCGGUUUCCUCCGGCGCUGCUUUGAACUCGAACACCAACGCCGUGAAGAACAAGUCCAACCUCGCAAUUGGCCAAAGGGCCAUACGCACGGAAGCGGAAUUCAUUGCAGAAAGGGAGAAAGCGGAGGGAUGGGAUGAUCUGGAUGAUAUGCAGAGAGAAAGACGCCUUACGGUGGCGAAAGCCAUGUAUGACCUGUACCGGGACACAAUUGCCCAGAAUAUGCAAUCCCAAGGUUCGGUCAGUACUCCAAUUGGCCAGCGACCAGGAGCAGCAGUCGCUGCCCAUUAA